AUGUUCGUUUAUCAUUUUUCUUUCAAUUCUCCUCCUUGUAUUACACAUCGUCUUUAUUUUUCUCUCACUCUGGUUCCUGAUCAUUUACUUUUUCUAAUAUUUCAUCAGAUAAAUAUUAUUUUAAGUAUUAUGAAAGCUAAUGUUAAAACAGCCAUUUUUUCCGCUUCGAUUCCUUGCUUUUUUCCUUUUCUACUUUUUUGUUCUUUUCUUAUUCCAUAUUCCCAUUAUCUCUUACUUAUUUUAAUUCUUACUUUCGAAUCUUUUUCUUAUAAAUAUUUCUUUGACUUCUCAUUUCUUCUUCUUUUUUGUAUUUUUCUUCUUUUUCUUUUCCUCCUCCUCCUCCUCCUCCCCUUCUUCUUCUAUCAUCGUUCUCCCCUCUUUCUUUAUUUCUCUCUCUCUUCUUCUUUUCUUUUUCGUCGUCACCCUUCUUCUCGUUGUCAUCGUCCUACUCCUCUUGCUUCCUCUCUUCCUCCUCGUCGUCGUUGUCGUCUUAUUCCUCCACCUCCUUCUUCACCUCGGCUUACUCUUCAUUAUCAUCGUCGUCUUUAUCCCCCUCCUUUUUUAUUUCGCCGUCGUUGUGCCCCUCCUUUCCUCUACCUCCUCCUCCUCGUCAUCGUCGCCGUCGGCUACGUAAUCUUCAUUUCAUCGUCUUUUACAUCACCUUUGCCGUCGUCGUUCUCCUACUACUACUACUCCUCCUUUUCUUCUUCUUCAAUUUUUUGUUUGUCUCUUUCUUUGAUUUGA